AUGUGGCCCUUUAAAUAUAAUUUAAUGCAACAUACUGUAAGCGAGAAGUUCAUGUAUAAUUUAUUAGAUACUUUCAAUGUAAGUUGCUUUCUUUGUACCGUUAAAGUUAAAAAUCUUUUAAAUUUGAAUAAUUCGCAAGUAACCAAAGCGUUUAACUCGUUAGUAGGAACUUCAGAGACCAUACGUAUGUUAAAUUUAAACAACCAGGCUAAAUUUAUUCAUAAUACAAAUUUUGAACAAAAAUUUGUUCAAUGGUUAGCUGGUCUAAUAGAUGGAGAUGGAUGCUUUCAACUAUCUAAAAAAGGUUAUGCUAGUCUAGAAAUUACAAUGGAUAUUAGAGAUGAGCAUGCUUUACAAAUAGUUAAAAAUGCUUAUGGUGGAUCUAUAAAAUUAAGAUCCGGUGCUAAUGCACUUAGAUAUAGAUUACAUCAUAAAUCGGGUUUAUUAAAAUUAAUUAAUGAUGUUAAUGGGCAUAUUAGAAAUUCUAAUAGAUUAGUUCAAUUAAAUAAAAUAUGUCAUAAAUAUGAAAUAAGUUUAAUUUAUCCUCAAAAACUAACUUUUGAUAAUGGGUGGUUAUCUGGAUUUUUUGACGCGGAUGGUACAGUUACAAUUAAUAGCACUGUUACACAAUUAUCUAUUUCUGUUUCUCAAAAAACAUCUGAAUUAUUACAACCUUUACUAGAAAUAUAUGGUGGAAAUAUCUAUAUAGAUAGAGGGAGCUCACAAUCAUUUAAAUGGUAUAUAACCAAAAGAGAGGAUAUCUUAAAAUUAAUAGAAUAUUUUAAAAUUUAUCCUUCUAGAUCAGCUAAAAAAAAUAGACUCCAUUUAAUACCCAAAUAUUAUGAAUUAAAGGAUCUUAAAGCACAUCAAGCUUUACCUGGUACUUUUUUAGAAAAAAGUUGGAAAUAUUUUAACAAUAAAUGGUUAAAAUAUGAAGAUCUAAAUUAA